CUGCUAACACGUGUAAUGUUGCAGCUAAAAAAACUUUUUAGGUUAUAAGGAAUUAUAAUUUUUUUAAAAUUUGAAUACUGCUCAAUAUGAAAUCCAUCUGUAUAUUUAUGUUUCUUUGUAACACAAAUUAUAUAACGGCAUGGGAUACUCAACAAUUAGAGGUAUUUGACGUUGUUGAAGAAGUUAAGGAAAAUUUCUACACUUUUCUUUCGGUUGCUCAAGACGCAGAUACUCCCACUAUAAAAAGUGCAUUUCGAAAGCUAUCCCUAACACUACAUCCAGACAAGAAUAGCGCGGAGAAUGCCGAAGAACAAUUUCGCCAUUUGGUAGCUAUCUAUGAUGUUCUUAAAGAUUCGACAAAGAGAAAGUAUUAUGAUGACGUGUUAGUUAACGGUUUACCUAACUGGAGGUCUGCUAUUUAUUACUAUCGGCAUGUGCGACGUAUUGGAUUAUUAGAAUUGUGUCUUUUGCUGCUCGUAGUUAUAUCUGUGGGGCAGUACAUUGUUGGAUGGGCUUCAUAUUAUGAACGCAAGUUUACAUUGGAUCAAGUACGAGGCAAAAAGCAAAGGCAAAUAGCUUCAACAAUUGAAGUUCCCAAACCCUCAAUACUAAAUACUCUACCAGUGCAGAUUCCGAAGUUGUUAUGGAGAACCAUUAUAUCAUUACCAUGGAUGUUUAAUGCAUUGAAACUGAAAGCGCUGGAAAAGCUAGAAAAAGACGAAAGUGAAACCAGCGAUGAUGAACCAGUACAACCGGUCAAGACAGUCCGCAAACGUAAACCUGCCUUUGCGAUACCCAACGGGCCAACCUUUGAAAUUCAACCGUCCAAACAACGUGCGAGUCAGGAUGUGCCCGUAAAUAAUAACAGCGCUCCUGUAUCAGGAGGACUAUGGACAGAUGACGAUCUCAACGAGUUGGUACACCUUAUUAAUCGUUAUCCGGGAGGAACUGCAAAACGAUGGGAACUUAUAGCAGAUACUUUGGGCCGCACUGUCUCCGAAGUCACUUACAUGGCCAACAAAAUAAAAGACAAUAAUUUCCGGCUCUCCACAGAAGAAGUACAAGUAGAAGAGGAAAUUCGUGUUAAGAAAAAGACUAAGGGAGGGAAAUUUGAAACCACAGAACAAAAUCAAUCCGUGUGGACGCAAGAACAACAAAAAGCUAUGGAAAAUGCGUUAGCAAAAUACCCCAAAGGUGCUCUUGAUCGUUGGGAUUGUAUUGCCGAUUGUGUUCCAGGAAAAACAAAGGAGCAGUGUAUAUUAAGGUAUAAACAUUUAGUGGAAACUAUUAAGAAACAGAAAGAGAAUAACACUUCUGAAAAUGGUGGUGAACUACCUAAAGAGUGACGAUAAAUUUUUAAUCAAUAUUGUUAAGUAGGUGACAUUGACAGUAAAUUCUGUACAUAUUGAACUUGUAAUGGUCAUUUCUUUCCAGUAUCACUAAGAAAAAUGACAAUUGUUCAUACAUA